AUGUAUCGUCAACAACGAAAUGAAACUUAUCUAUCUAUCUAUCUAUCUAUCUAUCUCAGACUGUUCAUCUAUCUAUCUAUCUACCUGAACAUAUUAAUAUCUAUCUAUCUAUCUAUCUAUCUAUCUAUCUAUCUAUCUAUCUAUCUAUCUAUCUCAGACUACUGUUCUAUCUAUGAACUAUUAAUAUUCAUUCAUCUAUCAUAUUCAUAUCUAUCUAUCUAUCUAUCUAUCUAUCUAUCUAUCUCAGGCUGUUUAUCUAUCUAUCUAUCUAUCUAUCUAUCUAUCUAUCUAUCUAUCUAUCUGAACAUAUUCAUAUCUAUCUAUCUAUCUAUCUAUCUAUCUAUCUAUCUAUCUAUCUAUCUAUCUAUCUCGGACUGUUCAUCUCCCUGUUUCUUUCUAUCUUUCUUUCUUUCUUUUUUCUGUCACAAUGACAUUUAUGCAACCGAUUCCUUUGCGAAGUAUGCAACCGAUUCCUUUGCGAAGUAUGCAACCGAUUCCUUUGCGAAGUAUGCAACCGACCCCUUUGCGAAGUAUGCAACCGAUUCCUUUGCGAAUAUGCAACCGACCCCUUUGCGAAGUAUGCAACCGAUUCCUUUGCGAAGUAUGCAACCGACCCCUUUGCGAAGUAUGCAACCGACCCCUUUGCGAAGUAUGCAACCGAUUCCUUUGCGAAGUAUGCAAACCGAUUCGCUUUAUGAAGUAUGCAACCGACCCGAUUUUGCGAAGUAUGCAACCGAUUCCUUUGCGAAGUAUGCAACCGAUUCCUUUGCGAAGUAUGCAACCGAUUCCUUUGCGAAGUAUGCAACUGAUUCCUUUGCGAAGUAUGCAACCGAUUCCUUUGCGAAGUAUGCAACCGAUUCCUUUGCGAAGUAUGCAACCGACCCCUUUGCGAAGUAUGCAACCGAUUCCUUUGCGAAGUAUGCAACCGAUUCCUUUGCGAAGUAUGUAACUGAUUCCUUUGCGAAGUAUGCAACCGACCCCUUUGCGAAGUAUGCAACCGAUUCCUUUGCGAAGUAUGCAACCGACCCCUUUGCGAAGUAUGCAACCGACCCCUUUGCGAAGUAUGCAACUGAUUCCUUUGCGAAGUAUGCAACCGAUUCCUUUGCGAAGUAUGCAACCGAUUCCUUUGCGAAGUAUGCAACCGAUUCCUUUGCGAAGUAUGCGAAUAACCGAUUCCUUAUGAAGUAUGCAACCGACCCUUUGCGAAGUAUGCAACCGACCCCCUUUGCGAAGUAUGCAACUGAUUCAUUUAUGAAGUAUGCAACCGAUUCCUUUGCGAAGUAUGCAACGACCCCUUUGCGAAGUAUGCAAAUUCGACCCCUUUUUGAAGUAUGCAACCGACCCUUUGCGAAGUAUGCAACUGAUUCCUUUGCGAAGUAUGCAACCGAUUCCUUUGCGAAGUAUGCAACCGAUUCCUUUGCGAAGUAUGCAACCGACCCUUUGCGAAGUAUGCAACUGACCCCUUUGCGAAGUAUGCAACUGAUUGCAACCUUUUUGAAGUAUGCAACCGACCCUUUGCGAAGUAUGCAACCGAUUCCUUUGAAGUAUGCAACCGACCCUUUGCGAAGUAUGCAACCGACCCCUUUGCGAAGUAUGCAACUGAUUCUUUGCGAAGUAUGCAACCGAUUCCUUUGCGAAGUAUGCAACCGAUUCCUUUGCGAAUGUCUGUCUUUUCUAUUUAUCUUUAUCUAUCUAUCUAUCUCUAUAUAUAUAUAUAUAUCGCAGGCUGUUCAUAUAUCUAUCUGUCUAAAAUUCUACCUUUCAUUAUCUAUCUAUUCAUUCUAUCUAUCUAUCUAUCUAGCUAUCUAUAUCUAUCUAUCUAUCUCAUAUUCAACCUUUUUCAUAUAUAUCUCGGUCUUUUUUAUAUAUAUAUUUUUUUUCUAUCAUUAUAUUCAUAUCUAUUUAUCUAUCUAUCUAUCUAUCUAUCUAUCUAUCUAUCUAUCUAUCUAUCUAUUUAUCUAUCUAUCUAUCUUUCUUUAUUCAACCUUUCAUUAUCUAUCUAUCUAUCCAUCUAUCUAUCUAUCUCAGUCUGUUCAUACCUAUCGAUCUUAUAUUCAACAUUUCAUUAUCUAUCUAUCUAUCUAUCUAUCUAUCUAUCUAUCUAUCUAUCUAUCUAUUUAUCUAUCUAUCUAUCUUUCUUUAUUCAACCUUUCAUUAUCUAUCUAUCUAUCUAUCUAUCUAUCUAUCUAUCUAUCUAUCUAUCUAUCUCAGUCUGUUCAUACCUAUCGAUCUUAUAUUCAACAUUUCCUUAUCUAUCUAUCUAUCUAUCUAUCUAUCUAUCUAUCUAUCUCAUAUUCAACCUUUUCAUAUAUAUCUCGGUCUUUUUAUAUAUAUAUUUUUUUCUCUCGGGCUGUUCAUAUCUAUCUAUCUAUCUAUCUAUCUAUCUAUCUAUCUAUCUAUAUAUAUAUAUAUAUAUAUAUAUAUAUAUAUAUAUAUAUAUCCGUUUCAUAUUCAACCUUUCAUUAUCUAUCUAUCUAUCUAUCUAUCUUUCUAUCUAUCUAUCUAUCUAUCUAUCUAUCUAUCUAUCUCUAUCUAUCUAUCUAUAUAUCUAUCUCAGUCUGUUCAUUCUUUCCUAUCUAUUUAUCUAUCUAUCAUUAUCUAUCUAUUUAUCUAUCUAUCUAUCUAUCUAUUUAUUCAACCUUUCAUUAUUCAUCUAUCUAUCUAUCUAUUCAUCUAUCUAUCUAUCUAUCUAUCUAUCUAUCUAUAUCAUAUUCAACCUUUUCAUAUAUAUCUCGGUCUUUUAUAUAUAUAUUUUUUCUCUCGGCUGUUCAUAUAUCUAUUCAUCUAUCUAUCUAUCUAUCUAUCUAUCUAUCUAUCUAUCUAUCUAUAUAUAUAUAUAUAUAUAUAUAUAUAUCCGUUUCAUAUUCAACCUUUCAUUAUUAUCUAUUCAUCUAUCUAUCUAUUCAUCUAUCUAUCUAUCUAUCUCAGUCUGUUCAUUCUCAUUCCUAUCUAUCUAUCUAUCUAUCUAUCUAUCUAUCUAUCUAUCUAUCUAUCUAUCUAUCUAUCUAUUUAUCUAUCUAUCUAUCUUCUUUAUUCAACAUUUCAUUAUCUAUCUAUCUAUCUAUCUAUCUAUCUAUCUAUCUAUCUAUCUAUCUAUCUAUCUCAUAUUCAACAUUUCAUAUAUAUCUCGGUAUCUUUUUAUAUAUAUAUUUUUCAUUCAUCGAUAUCUGUUCAUAUAUCUAUCUAUCUAUCUAUCUAUCUAUCUAUCUAUCUAUCAUAUAUAUAUAUAUAUAUAUAUAUAUAUAUAUAUAUAUAUAUAUCCGUUUCUGUUUAUAUUCAAUCUUUCAUUAUCAUUAUUCAUCAUAUCUAUCUAUCUCUAUAUAUCUAUCUAUCUAUAUAUUCAUCUAUCUAUCUCAGUCUGUUCAUUCUUAUCUAUCUAUCUAUCUAUCUAUAUAUCUAUAUAUAUAUAUAUAUAUAUAUCUAUCUAUUUAUCAUUAUCUAUCUAUCUAUUCUUUAUUCAACUAUUUCAUUAUCAUCUAUCUAUCUAUCUAUCUAUAUCAUCUAUCUAUCUCAUAUUCAACCUUUUCUUACAUAUAUCUCGGUCUUUUAUAUAUAUAUUUUUUUCUCUCGGGCUGUUCAUAUAUAUCUAUCUUCAUCUAUCUAUCUAUCUAUCUAUCUAUCUAUAUAUAUAUAUAUAUAUAUAUAUAUAUAUAUAUAUAUAUCCGUUUCAUAUUCAACCUUUCAUUAUCUAUCUAUAUCUAUCUAUCUAUCUAUCUAUCUAUCUAUCUAUCUAUCUAUCUAUUUAUCUAUCUCAGUCAUUGUUCAUUCUUUCCUAUUCAUAUCUAUUUAUAUCAUCUAUCAUUUAUUCUAUCUAUCAUUAUCUAUCUAUUCCAUCUAUAUCUAUCUCAGUCUGUUCAUACUAUCUUUAUUCAACAUUUCAUUAUCUAUCUAUCUAUCUAUCUAUCUAUCUAUCUAUCUAUCUAUCUAUCUCAUAUUCAACCUUUUUCAUAUAUAUCUCGGUCUUUUUAUAUAUAUAUUUUUUCUCUCGGGCUGUUCAUAUAUCAUCUAUCUAUCUAUCUAUAUCUAUCUAUCUAUCUAUCUAUAUAUAUAUAUAUAUAUAUAUAUAUAUUUCAUAUUCAACCUUUCAUUAUCUAUCUAUCUCAUCUAUCUAUCUAUCUAUCUGUCAUUCAUCUAUCUAUAUCCAUCUAUCUAUUUAUCAUUAUCCUUUAUUCAGUCUGUUCAUCAUUUCAUCUAUCUCAUCUAUAUUAUCUAUUCAUCUAUCUAUCUAUCUAUCUAUCUAUCUAUCUAUCUAUCCAUCUUUAUUCAACCUUUCAUAUAUCUAUCUUUUAUAUAUAUUUUUCAUUCAUGUUAUCUAUCUCAGUCUGUUCAUAUCUAUCGAUCUUAUAUUCAACAUUUCAUUAUUAUCAUUAUCUAUCUAUCAUAUCUAUCCAUCUAUCUAUCUAUCAUCUAUCUAUUUAUCGCAGUCUGUUCAUACCUAUCAAUCUUAUAUUCAACAUUUUCCAUCAUCUAUCUUCUUUAUCUUUUCUAUCAUCUAUCAUCCAUCUAUCAUCUAUCUAUCGCAGUCUGUUCAUACCUAUCGAUCUUAUAUUCAACAUUUCCUUAUCUAUCUAUCUAUCUAUCUAUCUAUCUAUCUAUCUAUCUAUCUAUCUAUCGCAGUCUGUUCAUACCUAUCGAUCUUAUAUUCAACAUUUCCUUAUCUAUCUAUCUAUCUAUCUAUCUAUCUAUCGCAGUCUGUUCAUACCUAUCGAUCUUAUAUUCAACAUUUCCUUAUCUAUCUAUCUAUCUAUCUAUCUAUCUAUCUAUCUAUCUGUCUCAGUCUGUUCAUACCUAUCGAUCUUAUAUUCAACAUUUCAUUAUCUAUCUAUCUAUCUAUCUAUCUAUCUAUCUAUCUAUCUAUCUAUCUAUCUAUCUAUCUAUUGA